UCUGCGCAGUAGAGAUAAUAGCCCCAGAUAAAUGUUGUAUUUUGGUUCACUUUGAGGUUGUUUAGCAGGUGGUGUGUGUCGUCUUUAAUCCUACACAUUAAGACUAUAUUCUGCACUGACGUGAGGUUUGUCGGUGACGGUCAUAUAAAUAUAUAUACUUGACGGUAUUUCCUUGUUGAAAACCAUGGCUGAUUCGGCGGCAUCACAGGACCAGAAAUUCUGUUUACAGGAGGUGCUCGACACGUUCAAGCUCUGUCUGUCGGAAAAGAAGGAAGUUUACCUGCAACACUAUGUCGAUGGCUGGCGUGGGCUUGUCAAGCUUCUGAACAGCUUAGGCAACGUCUUUGGCUUCAUUUCCAAGGAUGCUGUCAGCAAGAUCCAGAUUCUGGUCAACCACCUGAGUGGGGAGAAUGGGUCUCAAUACGUCACUGUCCAGUCGAUGGUAAAAUAUGAGAUGGACAAUGGACUUGUGGACCUGACCAAGAGAGGCAGCCACCCCGAGUCGGGCUGCCGUACUCUGCUGAGGCUCCACCGUGCACUGAGGUGGCUGGAUCUUUUCCUGGAGAGACUCCGCACCAGCACUGAGGACGACAAGACGUCCGUCAUGUGUGCAGAGGCGUACAAUCAGUCUCUUGCCCGGCACCACCCAUGGGUGGUCCGGACAGCAGCGGGCGUGGCAUUCUGCGUGCUCCCUGGCCGUCCUGCUUUCUUUGAGGUGAUGAAUGUCGGCCCCCCAGAAAAUGUUGUGGCCAUACUGGGAGAAGCACUGCCUCUAAUCUCUGAGGUGUACCAAGUUACGGAGGAACUUUAUGCUCAAAAUAAUCUGCUGGAUAUACCAUAGAGAGCAAGAAAACUGUUAUUUGCUAAAUUACAUGGUUGAAUAUCAACAUGUACCUGCUGACAGGCUGUUGAGCAAGCUGCUACUUCUGUAAAGAGAAUUUGAUAAAGGUUGUGUAAUAUCUAUACGGUGUUGGGCAGAAAUAAUGAAUCUUAAUGUCGCUGACAUUAGUAUAUACCUACUACAUUAUCAGGUUUUUAAUAUAAACCUGUUAUAACAUGUAAUAUUCCAUGUUUGUCUUUUCUCUGUAAAUCAUCUGUUUCAUUCAGUGUUUUAUUUGUAGGUUGAUUUGGUUUCAUUUAAACAGAUGAAGGGAAUAUAGGGGGAAUCACAUUGCUCUUUUUUUUGCUGCCAACAGCUAUUUGUUUUCAUUGUUUAUUCAAACAAAAACAAACAAACUAAACUGAUGUGUCUUUUUUGGGGGGAGGUCAUUUCAAAUACCAAGUUAUUUCUUUUCAUGUUCAUCAAAUUAAGACAUUUGCUACUUUUCUUGUACUGACAAUGUAAUCUGUGAUUCGAUUUGCACUGAUUUAAUACUGGACCAAUUAGGUGACAAAGAAAAUAAUUGUUGUUUGGUGCCCUGUUUGGAUCUGAUGCCGAUGACGAUUUGUACAAAUCAGGGAAAUGUAAUAAUAGGGUAACUGAUUUCAUAUAAUAAUAUUAACUCAUUUAUGCUCCCACUACAGAACGGAAAUCUCUCAUAUGUGAUAACACAGAUAAUGUACACUGGUCAUGGAUUUAAAAUACAGGGAAACUGCAUUUUAGUAGGCAACCACAGUUUUACUUAUCCAGAGACUAAAAGAAAAACUACACAAAUUUACUCAUGCAAAUAUCACUAAAAGAUUUGCUUAGAGCAAAAUUCAGUAAAAUAUCUGAUGAAUCACAGCCAGAACUUUAUUUUCAUUGUAAAUUAUAUUAUUGAAGCUAUGAAGGACAAACAUGCUGGUUUUAUAGCUACUGUAAGGGUCAAAUUGGAUGGUGUAUUGGUUUACAGGAAUGUACUGUAUGUUAUAUACAUAUAUAUAUAUAUAUAUAUAUAU